UGUAGCAUUAUCAUUCUAUGUGUAGAGAAGAAACCCCGGGCAAAUUAACUGUUGGUAUUGGAAAGCAACAGAAACCGUUAAAGCUCGAAUUUUUAUAAUUGUCUGAAUAUACUUUAAUUGAAGAAUACGAAGAUAAUUCUGUGAUGGGUAAUUAUACGAGUAAGUUUCUUUCUCAUGAUAGUGUGGAAGAAAAUAAUACAAAUGUGACUGAAACUGUAGAACAAUCAAAUCUUGUAAAAGAAUGUAAUACGAUUACUCCAUCAACUACGCAAAAAAAAUUGAUGAUAGAUCCUAGAUCAAUUACUGCCGAGAUAUGUCGAACACCAAUAAAGAUACAUUGUACACCAUCUAAGAAUACAAGAAUGGGAGUUGAUGUAAUACCAAAACAUAUGCAGAGAAAACCAUAUUUAGAAACCAAUUUUGAUACAACAAUAUCACCUUUGACAUUAAACAAAUAUCUGGAUCCAAGAUCACCAAAUAUAGAUCAGCCCAGAACACCAAUUUUGGUUGAAAAUUUUACAUCUUGCAAAACACCAACUACUAAAUUGAAAAAUAAUGCAAAAGUAUUACCAUCAAUGAAUUAUGCAAGUUUAGGAUUUGAUCCGAGAUCUCCAUCUACAGAUUUUGAUAGAACUCCAAUUCUUAUCCAAAAAACAACUAAAUAUUUAAAAAUAGAAUCCAAAGAAAAUUUAGAACUAUAUAGUGAAACAGAUAAUCAUCAAAGAUUUUUGUAUUGUGAAACAACAUCGUCUAAUACACCUGAAAUAUUAGCUUUGGUGGAUGAAACAUGUGAAGCAAUAAAAUCUUUGCAAAAUGUUUCUAAAAGUACAGAUAAAGAAGAAUUGCAUGUAAGUGAAAAUACUAAUCAUAUUAGUAAUGGAGAUGAUAAUAAUGAUAAUACUUGUAGUCAGAAAAGCUCGCAAAAUGAAAAUGUCACAAGAAUAAAUACUAUUAAAAUAUGGAGAGAUUCAAUGUUAUCAGAAAGUUUGGAGCAGUCUGAGAUUAAUGAAAUUAAUGAUCAAGAAAAUGAUGAAGAGAAAUUUUCAUGCUCAUCUAAAGAAGAAAUUGAAGCUAUAUUUGGUGAUGAUGUAAUGAAAGGUAGUACACCAAUAUCUGAACAACUUAAAAUUGAAAUUGAAAAUAAAAAUGUACAAGAUACAUUGGAGAACAGAAAGAAAACAAAUGGAAAAACUUUUAUACCAUAUAAUUCAAAUAUAAAUGAGAAGAAACGAACACCUCUCAGAAAUAGGUGUAAUAAUGCACAAUUAGAUACAAUAUUGACUAAAUCCCCUCAACAUAUGUUACAGAAUAAAAAUUUCAGUAAUAUAAUACAACAUGAAAAUACAUCACCCCAUAAAAAAUCUUAUGCUAAAUCAAAAUUUAAAGGAAUUCAGUGGGAUGUGAAUUCUACAGUUAUUAUUUAAAUAAUUAUAUGUAAAUAUAAAAUAAGUUUUAAUUUUAUA